UAAUAAAAUACAAUUGCCAUUUGAUAUAAUGUUUGAAUGCGCAUUAUACAAGUUAUUUAUCGCAUAGGUAAUAAAUAAUACUACAUUGGCUGAGUAUCCAACAAACAUUUAGAUUAAGUAGUGUGAUUAGUUGUACUAUUAUGAACAAUUUACAGGUCAGAUGCAUCAAGAUGACAGUGAUACUGGGUGGAGGAAUAUCAGGGUUAUCUGCAGCCUAUUAUGCUUUAGAAAAUCCAAGAAUCAGUUCCAUGGUAUUGCUGGAGGCUUCAAACAGAGUAGGUGGCUGGAUUUGUAGCAACAAAUCACCAAAUGGAGCAAUAUUUGAGCAAGGCCCUCGAACAGUGAGACCUCGAGGCCCAGGAGGAAAGAAUACUUUGGAAUUAAUAGACCGUUUAAAACUAACAGAAAAACUUAUCCCAAUAGUAUCCAGCCACCCAGCUGCGCGAAAUAGACUGAUUUAUGCUGAGAACAAAUUACACUUGCUGCCCAACAACCUUAAGUCUUUAUUUGUCAAAAAUUCACCGUUUGACCGUCCUCUGAUCAGCAUCCUCAUGAAUGACAUAAAAGCACCGAGAAUCUCGAAAGAGGAUGAGAGUAUUUACAGUUUUGUGGAACGCAGGUUAGGCAAAGAUGUCGCGGAUAAUCUAAUCAGUCCCAUGAUAUGUGGUAUCUGUGCGGGAGACGCCAAACAGAUCAGUGUCAAUUUUUUAAUGCCUUCUCUCUUUGAGGCGGAACAGAAACAUGGCUCCAUAGCAAAGGGUCUUUUGAUGAACCGUGUAAACCAAAUGUUUGCCACAAAAACAAAGGUUAUCGAAGUAUCCGGUUCGGGUACUGCAGAAAUGGCUAGGAAAAAUAAAUGGGCUAUAUGGGGUUUAAAAGAUGGAUUGGAGCAACUUCCUCGUACCCUGGCGGAUAAUUUAAAAUCUCGAGGAUUGGACAUACGCUUAGGAAAUAGAUGUGAGAGACUGACUUUUAAGCCUGGUUACGUAGAGUUGACGAUAAAUGGUGAAACGGACAAAUACUCCCGGAUCGUGUCGAGCAUCGCGGCUAAAAAUUUGGCACAAUUGGUUCGCCGACAACAUCCUCAAUUAGCUAGAGAAUUGGAAGCGAUUCCCACGGUGACGGUGGCCGUGGUUAACAUUCAGUUUAGCGGAAACGUCUUGCCGAUGCAGGCCUUCGGUUUUCUAGUUCCGCCUAAAGAGAAUUUACCUAUUCUCGGCGUGAUCUUCGACUCUUGUGUCUUCCCGCAUGAAACAGACACGGUACUGACAGUAAUGAUGGGUGGCGCUUGGUUCGAAAAAAAUUUUGGCGAGUGUCCCUCCAAGGACGAAAUAUUGCGCGUGGCGGUCGAGAGUGCGAAGAAGAUCCUGGGUAUCAAAGAGAGCCCGGUCGCCCAUAAAGUGACCAUCCUUAGAGAUUGUAUUCCUCAACAUGUAGUCGGCCACAAGCAACGACUGAACCGCAUUCAUAAUUACAUUUCGGCGCACGGCCUUCCUCUAGCGCUCUGCGGAUCCUCCUACCAGGGUGUUGGACUCAAUGAUGUUAUUCUGUCAGCAAAACACGCGGUUUCUGAUAUCUCAUAGUCCAAUAGUCAAUAGAAACCAAAAGCUUUAUUUUAGCCAUGGCAGUGAUUACAAUUCAGCCAUUGGGUUAACAUGGCAGGCACACAAAAGCGAAAUUACUUUGCCAGUGGCUUAGGCAGCGGCCAAGUUAGCGGCCAGUGUUAGUCGGCAUGCCUUACCAUGAAAAAUAUGAUAUUGUCAUAAUUCAUAAUACAGCAUGGCAAGCUUGAACAAUCUUUUCACACUCAUUCUUCUUUGAGCAUUAUUGAUCCUCAUCGAAUCGUGACUGAUAGAUGUAAGAAUGCAACUCUUAAGUAUAGGUAGGUGGUGCGAAUGAUGCCUUUUUACAUGCGACUAAUUGUCUAACUUUUUAUUUCAUAUUCAUUUAUAGACACGAUAUUCAUGUAUCAAAUGCUAUGGGAAGAUUAUUUGUCCUGGCAAACCGACCGAAUGAUACAUUGUAUACAUGCUCUAUAAAAA